AUGAUUGGUGUGGGGAUGCUGCUUCCAAGCACACACAACGCCGACCGCGACCACAGCCGUGGCAAGCCCGGGGACAACCCUGCCCCCGAAAGAGAGCCGUCCAACAAGGACGAUGCCGAGACAAGUGCCACGUCAGCAACCAGCCGACUCAGCGGCCAUGCGCCAUCCGCCUCGCACGGCUCCGAGGCAUCAGGAUCGAACAAUUCGGAAGACAAGCUAGAAGAUACAUCAGGGGGCAGUACCCUUGGCGACAGUGUGGAAGACGAGCUUUCUUCUAUACUGCGCGACGUCUACUCGAGCGGUGGUGAGGCCUCCAAAAUGGCAGAUAAGUGCCGCUGCAAGGGACCCACGAAGGCUGCCAAGUCACGACUUCUCAACGAUGAGCUCGACAGCCACUCAGAAGGCUGCCCAAGCGCUAAAAAAAAUGUAAAGCCGGCAAUGAUCAUCAAGCCUUUACCCGUGCCACCGAAGAACUUCAAGCCCAAAGGCAUCAUGAAACUCUGAUGAAGUCGGUAAUGAAAACAGUGCGUGUUUAGCAUUAUUGUCUCUGCUAUUCUUCCUUCAUGAGGAAUGCCAGCUGUUAACAGAUAUUAUCUUUCGUUAUUUAACUCUUGUCAUUAUGCCUACAAACCUCAAAGAAGGCAAGAACGGAACAGUGUAAUGCAUAAAAGAAACACCUAGCAAACAUAUGCACUUCUAAAACUUUACCUAAUGACGCGAGCAGCGCAGAGCGAAAAGAAAACCACAAUAUAAACCAGCGAGUAACUGCUUUUUAUCAAGUGUACAUGGCGUUGUAUUUGUUGCACAUUCAUCUGGGUAGCUGUUUCGAUAUGUUUUGUAAUUUUUGAAAAUAAUUUACAUA